GUGGGUUCCACCAGCAAGACGCCGAAAUCCGGGGAUGGAUGUCCCCGCAAAUGGGCUGGGGAAAGGCUUCCAGCCCCCAGCAACAACCCGACGUUCUAGCCAAUAAUUGACUACUACUGCCGUUGACCACCGACGGCCGACUGCCGACCAUUGACCGCUACGAAACCAGAAACGCCCAACUAGCCUUGGAUACGCCAUGUCGUGGUUGGACUUCGGACUUACCUCGAAAAGAUGCGCUGUUUGCCCAUCGACAUCAGGCUUGCUCCGCUGCGGCGGUUGCAAAGUCGUCAGUUAUUGCAACCCCAAGCAUCAGUCGACCCACCGAUCGAAGCACAAGGUAGCCUGUACUACCAUCAAGGACACCCGAGAAAAGCUUGAGCGGGAGGAGGCGGCCCUCCGAGACGCAGCCGGCAGUAACUUCAUACCGGCGGACGUGUUCAACAGCAGCGUCGGGCGUUUCUGGGGCAUACUCGGCACAAGAGACUACAUGCGGGCCCGGUUCAACGCCGCCGAUGCACUUCUCAAAGUCGGGACCGUGGCUGCCGUAGAAAAAGCCCUCGACCACUUGACCGACAUGCUACGUCUGUGUCGGAGCGACAAUAUGGGCGUGCGCGACAUCAUCCCUUCGGUGCUGCUGCGGCUCGGUCGAGAACAGGAGUGCUACGACUUCCUCAAGUGGUGGGCGACGGUCGACCACGAGACGUAUGACUGGGGAAACAUGGACCUGCCGUAUCUGGACACCAAGGGCGCCAACGUCUUCGAGGCCGUUGACCCGUCGUUGGGGGGACUUAGUCAUCUUGUCGCGUUAACACUCCUGAAACUGCGCCUCCUUCUCGACUUUCAGGCGUAUGAGUCGGAAUUUGGGUUCGGGGUUGGCGGUUUUGCUGAGCCUGAUCGUCCCGUAGGAGACCUCGUGAAAUCCAAGAUCCGGACCUUCAGCCCCCGCGAGAUCUCAUCAACGAUUAAGGCUUUGAAGGGGCAAUACCAUGAGCUCUGCCAACGUGUCAACAAGGCUAACCCUUACUUUUGGGACGCGUUGCUGGAUGAGGGUGCAGGCGCUCCCACCAUUCCGGAAUACUACACUCAUGGCUCUCCAGAAGAAGCCCAGUUCGUUUUGUAUCACUGCAAACGAGCUUGGGAGGAGAGCGAGGAGGCUGUGGGGAUGGCCGACGCCGAUACCUACAAGUUCGUCCAGGCUUAUAAAGGCGCCGAGGAAAGGCAGGGCGACCUAGAGAUAAAGCGAGGCCGUGGCCUUAUGUUCCCCUUCCAGUUCGAACAUGACGUGCCGACUUCCUCUCCGCCCGCUUGUUUUCCCGCGACUAUGAUCAGCGGCGGCCAGAGCGUCCGGUUCAUCUCCUCACACGACCCCCAGACGGUUCUCCUCUACGUCGACGGUGCUUGCACGAACAACGGACAGCCGAACCCUCGCGGGGGCUGGGCAGUUGUUUACGGUCCUACUGAUAGCGCCUCUGGUCGCCUCGAGGACAAAGGGCCGUUCGGGGACGAUAGCGUAGCAACCAGCAACCGAGCUGAGCUACGCGCCACCAUCGCCGCGCUGCGAGUGCGCGAUUGGAAGCAGGAGGGCUUUUCCACGAUUGUAAUAGCAACGGAUUCGUCGUAUGUUGUUGACGGCGCCACCAGUUGGACCAGAGGCUGGAUGCUCAACGGGUGGAUGACGCAGUCCGGAGCCCCUGUCAAGAACAAAGACCUGUGGGAGCUACUGUUGGGCGAGGUGGAAAAGUUGGACAGGCGUGGUUGCAGGGUUGACCUAUGGAAAGUUCCACGGGAGCGAAAUGUGGAAGCUGAUGCCCUGGCAAAGGCGGCGGCCAACAGAGAGAGGGGCGAGCCCGAGUUCCGCGAUCCCGUUAUCCGGGCUUUUAAGAGCACGACCAAGCCUACGGGCGGCAGAGCAGAAACCAAGCCCAGCAUCCUGACAUUGUGCUUGGAUUACGAAGACAUGUUCCACGAUAUUUUUGGCGGUCUCGUCGCGAAGCUUGCGUCCAAAGCUACAAUGGAGCGAGCCACGAAAGCCGAGGCCGCCCUCAGCAUGCUGAGCAAACAGCCUCCUCCAUCCGUCGUCCUGGUUACCGACGGGGCCGUCACACGCCACCAGAAGCUCUGCGAGCGUUUGAUAGACUUGCUGCGGGGUGGCACAACCGUUAUCUUAGGGGGUUGCUUCAGCGGCAUGGUAUCACUGGGUCAGUUCAAUCGCUUCUUUACUCGUAUCGGUCUUCCGUGGCGGCGAGGGUCUUAUUUUCGGGAAACCGUUCAACUCCGCCGCAACGUUGUCGGUGACCGCUUGGCAAGCAAGCUGCCCUCGGCAUACAGCCAAAAGGCCCUCUAUGUCGACAAUGUGGACAAGUCAACGAUGUGGUACGUUGAAAAGGAAAACUCGACGGAGGCGGCGGUGGUGUUUGCCAAUGUUGGCGCUGGCAAGCUUGGUUAUGUUGGGGAUGUAAACGGGGAGAAAGGCUCGGAGGCGGUUGUCCUCGCCAUGUGUGGCUUUCUAGAGUGAUUGGUUUUAGUUGAAGGGCAGUCAAGCUGUAACCCUUUUGUGCUAG